UUACCAUCAGCAGUUUGGUAAAAUAAUCUGUAGAUAAGGACCACAUGGGUACAUUUUGGACCACAAAUGGCCCCUGCGCCACAUCUUGAGCACCCCUGAACUGGAUGAUUUGUCAUUUUAAGGAGGAGGUUGUGGUAAACGACACCGAGGCGACCCCGAGCGAAACUCCUGAAAUGUCUCAGCUCAGAGAAGCUGAAGCUUUGGUGGAGAUGGGCAGGAGAGAAAAGCAGAAGGAAGAAAAGCUGGACGGACAGACAGACACUGAGGCAGUAAAGGUGGGCGCUCAGUGUUGGGCUGCGUGGUCAGAGGACAGGACCGUCGACCCGGUGAUGGCGGCUGAUGGCGAGCGCCCCAGGAUUCGCUCCAGUGUCUACGGCAACGAGGAGGACGUGGCCGGGAGCGUGCAGCGGAGUCCCAGCGCUACAGUGCAAACGCAGAACCCACAUCCUCAGGACUGGAAGCCCGGGUCGCGUUGCCGGGCCGUUUACUCGGCCGACGGCCUGGUUUACCCCGCUGUGGUGCUGUGGGUCAAAGAUCAGCGCUGCCGCGUUCGCUACGACGAGUACAACAACGAGGAGGAGCUGGACGUCAGCAGCCUGCUGCAUCCUGACGAGCUGCGCGGCCCGAGCAGAGCCGCAGCCGUAACCAAGGGCAGCAGCUGGAUUCCCAGUUCUCCCAGCAGCAACCUGGACUGGAGGAGACAGAGGAGAGACUCGAGCAAAGAAGACAGAGGACGGGAGAGGACGUCCACACCGAGAGACAAUCCAAACAUGAUGAAAGCAGGAUCUAAGAAUGAGAACACAGCGGAGAAAGAAACCGCAGAGAAAAGGAAAGGAGACCCGACUAACAUCUUCCUCCCUCCGUUUCCUCCUCCUCAGAUCGGAUCAGUGAGCCCUCUGUCCUUCAUCCCUCCUCCCCUCCCUCCUCUUCCUCCUGCCUGGACGGUCCAGGGGAAGGAAGUGGGCGACUGCCCGGACGUCGGCGCCGUCACCAACCUGUUCAUGCUGUGGUACAUGUGUGGCUUCCACACCGGCAGCUUCCUGGCUCAGCAGAGAUCCACACCGCCCUCCAAAGACUAAACAUCCCUCUGAACACGCAGGAAGACCCGGUAGAUCACUUCCUCCCAAACCGGAUCACAAAAGACUCCUAAUUCUGGGUGGAUUCUCUCCAAACAUUGAGCUAUGAUCUGUUUUAUUUUGAAAGGUAACUUGAUUCUGUCCAUGGCUUCCUGCUCUUUUCUCUCUUGAUAAGAUAAA